GUGAUCUUACUUUUUGACAUUUUAGGGAAAUUGAUAAUCACAACACCGUGGCACAGCACCAAGAGCUUAAUAGGAAAAGGAGAUAACGCUCUGAAGAAUAUGGCAGAUGUUCCACCUUCACUCACCCUAGAACUUCCCAAGAAAAGUGAUCUUCCUAACACAUUAAAACCUUGGAAUGAAGUCCAUCUUCCAAUUGACAUUCUUUUGUUGACAGUGGAUGACUGUGAGUUCCUAGCCUGUUUUGCAUACCUGAGAAAUGCCUUUAAAAGCUACCUCAAAAACCUUGGAUAUGUGUACUUUGGGAACAUGGAUGAAAGUAGAGAUGUGCCCCUAAAAGUUGCUUUGAUAAAAUGUUCUGAAGGUUCUUCUGCUCCAGAUGGCUCGCUGGUUACUGUUAAGAAUGCCGUAGUGGAACUGAGACCCAAAGCUGUUUUCUCUGUUGGCUGCUGCGGUGGGUUGAACCCAGAAGUCACCAAGUUACAGCUAGGUGACGUGGUUGUUUCCUCUAAGCUUUUAACUGAAGCCUUCAAAACCCCAGUGGGAAGAGAUAUCUUGCACCUUGUCAGGCAUGCAGAUUAUGGCUGGAUUCCUCCAUUAAAAUGUCCAGAAGAUCAUAAAGUUCAGGUCUGCUGUGAUGGGGAGAUUUUAAGUGGCAUAAACCCAGUCAGUGCUAAACAGCAAAACAUGUCUUAUUUUACUCAAGCCACUGCAUUUGAAAUCGGUGGUGAAGGUAAGAUAUUAAGAAAAAGAAGUCAUUUUUCAGGGAAUAAAUUUUAUUCCCUGAUAAAUGACUUCUUUUCUCCCUUGUUUCGUUUUUGUACAAGAGGCAUGGUGGCCUAGUGGUGAAUAUUGCAAACUUCACAGGGGCAAAGCGUGACCAUUUUGACAAGUACGCACCAGGUCUAUAUGGUUUUAAAAACUUUGUACAAAGUAAUAACGUUUUUGCUUUCCUUUAAUACAUAAUUGGCAGGUUACAGACUUCUUUACAAUAGGAGUGAACUUCCUGCAAAAUUCUUGUUGAUACCGCGCCAAACAGAAAAUGUGUACCUAAUAGUUUGAUUCAGCUUACGUAGAUUAUUGUCGACUUGGUGUGGUCCAUGAUUUUCCAGUUGAGGGACAUUAAAGUAGUCUUUGAUGAUAGACUUUUUCAACAUUUAUGGAGAGAGAGAGAGAAACUAAAAAAUGAAAACCUAAUUUUUGAAUGCAAAAACGUUCCAGAUAAAUCUUAAACGGAAUGAUGAUCAGUCAGGGUCAGUUCUUUUCCAAUUUUCAUGAAUACGCGGUGUAUUGUGGGAUCACAUGAAGGCAAACAUUUUAAGAAUAUUUAGAAUUUAUCACAUUCCUCUUCUCAAACUGUUGUAUUUUAUGUGCAAAAACAAUGCUGAAUAACAGCGAGACAGGCAGCAACAAAUCUGCACAAUUUAAAGUCAAGUCACAACACUACAAAUGCCUUUACUUAUAACGCCCCUGCUUUAGAUCUGGAGGUCCAGGUUUGGGGUCCUGCUGUUGUGUUGUUUUUCUCAUUGUAAAACAAACUUAUGCUUCACUUUGUCCCCGACCUUCACCAAUUAAGGUGUACCGUAUAUAGAGGCGCUGGUUAUUAUUUCUUGUGAUCCUGUUUUCGGUCUGAUCCAUUGAGAUCAGUUCUAGGUUUUUACAAUGAUGUUUACAGCUAUUUCAAGAAAGGUUGUCGGAGAAAAUGUGCACGUGACAGUCCCGAAAGGUAGCAUGAUCAAAUUAUACACUGUUCCUGACAACAGUGGCUUUUGAGCCUACUUUUGUUCCUUUCCUUUAGCACUCGCAAACAUGUUAUGUCCAUGGCCUCUUGUGCCAUUCUUUCAAAUUUCUUUAGAGAACAUAUACAGUGAACUCAAAGCUACCCACAUAUACCUUUCGGGAUUGUCGCGUGCACUUUUUGCGACAAUCUUUCUCAAAAUAGCUGAUGUUUAUUUAAUUUGCCACAUUUUUCUAUACUAAAGUAUGCGUAAAUGAUUGAUUGGAGGACAGCAUUUUAAAUAAUGUUUUCCUUUGGAUAAAAUACAGAAGGAAAGUUAAAUUCUACUAAGAUCCUAUUUAUUUGUCCUGUUUUGUAUUAUUUUAUUUAUGCUGUUUAUAUCUGCCUUUUAAAAUCACUAUUAUCAUUUUCUGCCUACCCAUUUGCAUGGUAAAUAAUUCUGUUUAUGUUGUCACAUCUUGAUCAACCCUGGCUGUGACGCUCACUUAAGGGGAUCUAUUUGCAUAAAUUGAUCUCUCUUUGUAUUGAAAUUUAAUUUUUAAUCAUUUUUUGUUGUUUUUUCCAGGCCUGUUUGCUGCAGCACAUGAUCUUAAGAUUGAAUGGGUGAUUGUAAAAGGUAUUUCUCACUUUGCCGAUGGUAACAACCCUGCAGAAAAGUCUUGGGAGAGUCAUGCAUGCAUAAUGGCAGCUUCUCUUGUGUGCAACAUGUUGAAGGAUUCAUUUGUGUUUCAGCAAUGGCCUCAUUAUGAAGGUAGGUGACAUGUCCUUUAAUUAAACCAUAUCAUAAUUAAUUUUUCGUGCAGUAGAAGUGUUUAUGGUUAAGUACUGAGGUUGAUUUAAAAAUACUCAGCCACAACUUUCAAACCUUAUUAUUAAUCACAAUAAACUUGAAAAAGGAUAGAGUUCAAUGUUUUCUUUGUCAACUCACGACUGUUGGAAACUAUAACAUAGGUAAAAGAAAAAUUAUGAGAAAAAUGUGAAGAAAUCGGUCGGGAGGACAGGAGGGAGAUGUUUCCUGAUAAAAUUGACCGGCUGCUCAUCAUACUAUUUUAGGCAGUAAGAUUUGUGGGUUGGUACUGGGUAAGUGCAUACUUAGCGACCUAAAGUCUAAACUGACCCUUGUUUAAUUAGAGCUUCAGUGGUAUCUGUUAGGGGCCUGUAAGGUUGGGUGGGAAUUAUUUUGUUUCUCAAGUAAUUUUUGGUACCUCUUAGGCAUUAAAAUUAAUUUCCUACACGCCCACAAAGCUAGAUUCUCUUACUUUCUAGGGGUUCUUUUGGAUAUUUUUUUUUAUAAAACCCCUGUUUUUGUUUUGUGUGUUUGUUUGUUUCUGUUGUUGUUGUUUUUUAAGCACCCCAUUUAUAUCUAUAGAGGGGUAUCUCCUCCUUUUGGUAUCUCCCAGGGGUUUAAAGUGAAUUUCUGCCAUGCCCACAAAGUAAGAUUCUGCUACCCUCUAGGGACGAUGAUGAUGAUGAUGAUGAUGAUUAUUUUUUUUUGACAAGGACUCCUGUUAUCUUCAAUUUUUUUUUGUAAAGCAGUUCUGCUAUUUCUAAAGCGGAGUAUCUCCUCCUCCUUUUGGUACCUUUUGUAGAGCUUAAACUGAAUUUCUUCCAUGCUGACAAAGCAAGAUUCUUGUAUCUUCUAGGGAUACUUUUAAAUUUUUUUUUUCAGUAGCACCUCAGUUGUUUUAGCCUGCCGGCGAACGGCAGACGUUCCUCCUCGCUCUUCGCCGCUAAGGGACGUUUCGCGAGGAGGAACGUCUGCGACUCAGCAACAGAAAUUCCAUACUGAUGACGUAAAUCAAUGUUUACAUAAUAAAUCCGGUAGUCAUGGGUUUCCAAAUGCAAAUUUGUUCAAUUUUACGUUUCUCCUGGUCGAUUUUGGUAAAGUGUUGUGUUCAUCUGCGAAUGAGCUCCAGCAAAACUCAAAUGCUUCUUCUAGAGAAGACUUUAUUCCACAGAUAUUGGCUGUUUUGUUAGAGAUUCAUCGCGUUUACAUUUGACCUUUUGCCGCUUUUUGUCUUUUGCCUGUCAUUCGUAAACAAAAGCUAAAACAAUAAAACUACUCCGUCGACCAAUUAGCGCUUCUGACCGGAUUCUGGACAGAUUUUGCGUCAUCAGUAUCGAAUUUCUGUCGCUGAGUCGCAGACGUUCCUCCUCGCGAAAUGUCCCUCAGCAGCGAUAAGCGAUGAGAAACGUCUGCCGCUCGCAGACUACAGUUGUUUAAUAGGGUAUUGUUUCCUUCUGCCCCGCCUUCCCCCACCACGCCCUAAGUACACUAGCAACCAACUUUACUGGGAUUUCACUAAGGGCCAACAGGCAUGGAUUUCUCCUGGCUGCUGUGAGCAUGACCCUUGGUUACUUUCAUAGGAAAUAAUAGGAAAAUAGGACCAAAAGAAUUUCCAGGAUGUUCUAUUCCCUACUCGGCAACUUAAAACCAUAGUAACAGCCCUGAACCCUAAUUAGUAAGCUCUCUGCGUUGCAGGCUUUAUUUUCUGGUUUGAGAUCAUUCUAGAACUCUACCCUCUGAUUGGUUGAUUGCUAUGGAUUUGAAAGGGCCAGGAAAAUUAUUUGGGGGACUUGUGUUCUGUUUUGAAAAUGUUUUUGAACUGCAACUGUUCACUAGAUACCUUUCAGAAUCAACUUAAUGUGUAGCAGAAAUUCUGCAAAAGCAAGUUUAAAAGAUAAAUAUAUUUUCUAAAACUGUGCACACUGCGACCAGGCAUCCUUUAGUGAAUUAAAAUGUCAGUAUCACCCACAAUUAAGUAAAAGCUGAGAUGUAAGCUUUCAGUCCCAAGACAAGCUGCUCGGUGCUUUUUGUUGUUGAAACUUUAUUAUUCAGACCUAGAACCUAAGAUGUGGGUAGCAAAAAACUGACAGAUUGAUAAACAUUUUCCCCAAAUUCUUUUGAAUAACUGUUGUUUUAAAUGUCUCACUUCAAUUUCUAUGCUAUUUUGUUUAACUCACAGACCCGUCAGCAAGGAAACAGCCCUCUAGCUCUGCGGCCAAUAAGAAGGAGUUGCCAGGUACUAUUAUAUCCAAUAAAGCAGAAAUGGUACCAGACAUACAGUAGAUUAAAAACGCUUAUUUUAAUAUGAAAAUGACUUUUAUCGUUUGUUAUAUUGCAAUACAAAAUGAUCUUUACUGUCGCAGUUGUUUAUUUUUAUUUACAAAAUAAGUAGCAACGAAGAAGUAUGAUGUGAUACUUCAAGCGUCAAAUUCUUUCUUUCAUUCAAUCUUUCUGUUAGAGUUUUGCUAAGGUAUUUUUAACCUGCGUUAAUCCUCGAGGUCAGUUAUACAAAAUAAGAAUUAUUUUUUAGCACUCAACCACAAAAACGUCACUAACAGCUUUGGAGAGGUACCCCUCUAUGGGCGUGUCCUCUCUGAGGCUCUGUGCGUGGGGCAAUGUUCCUUUUCAUAUUCCUUCUACGUUUGACCAUAGUAUAUAUAUUUCUUCAUUGAUCUCUUUAUAUUCUGGUGUUUUAAAGCCCUCAUAUCAACUUGCACUGUUACUCACUUCUCUGUUUGAUAUCAGUGAAGGCUUAUAUUUUGUGCUGGUCAACUAGCUCCCUUUAACUUUCUUCACCUAUUAAGAUAUCAAGUUAUUAUAACGAACAAUUCUUGAAAAAAAGGAACGUAAAAUUUUCUUUAACAGAUUCUCUCUGCCUCGAGGAGUGCCAGAAACAGCUGCGAUCAAUUUAUGAAACCAACAGCAAAGUCAAAAUCGUUCCGUGGGACCAAAGCUCUGCCGUUCAUAUCGAUGAAAUUUACACCCAGUUGUCUUGGCUUAUGGAUGAGAAGAAGCCCAGCGGAGUAACCCAGAAGAAACUCGAACACUACACCAACCUUUUUGACGGCGGAAGACUUCAUCAUACGCCUAAGCGCAUUUUGGUUCACGGACGACCAGGAAUCGGCAAGACCGUUUUUACGCAGAAAGCUACAUUCGACUGGUCCCAGCACAGAUUUAAAGGAAAGUUAGGAAGAUUUGAUCUUGUACUUUUGGUCAAAUUACGCGAUGUUUGCAACCUCAGCGAUGUCCCAGGCAUUCUGAGCAAUGCUAAUCUUCUCGCGAGUGAUGGCCCGAUUUCCACUGACAACCUGUACGAUUACGUUCGUCACCACCAAGAAAACGUGUUGCUCAUUUUGGACGGCUACGAUGAAUACGUACACAGCGCAGAAAGGCAAUCUCCUGUUCUUAGAAUCUGGCAGAAAAAGCAGUUGAGGGAUUGUUGUGUUAUUAUAACGUCUAGAGACAUGAAAGGGGAGGAUUUGAAAACUUCCAGCGACGCUCAAUUUGAGAUCGACGGUUUCGACCGUAAGCGACAAGAAGAGUUCGCCCGUAGAUUCUUGAAAGAUGAUCAAGAUGUUAAGGAAUUUUUUCGAUACUUAAAGCAACAAGACCUACAGGACGUAGCAAAAAUACCUAUUUUGCUUUUGAUGUUGUUGUCGGUUUGGAAAGAGAGAGAUCGUGAAGGACUACCUUCAUCACGGCCGAUGAUAUAUUUUCAGUUCAUUCAGACUUUGUUUGAUCAUAUGUCUGAGAAACAAGAAAAGCCGGCGCAAAAAGUUGACGACCACAAACAAGAACUCUGUAAAUUAGGAGAAUUAGCCUUUGACGCACUUCUGCAAGAUCUACUUUAUUUUCCUGUCAGUAAACUGUCGGAUCAGGUUUUGACCGAGAAACUGAUCGAGGCCGGGUUGUUUCAGCUCCUAAACAUGACAGCUCACAAGCGGUGCAAAGCCGUGCACUUCAUUCACAAAUCCCUGCAGGAGUUUUUGGCCUCUUUAUUUCUAAAAGAAGAACUGUUAUCCCAAGAAAGUAAAAACAAUUCCUUUUUCAAAGUCGACUCUAUUGAAAAGAUCUUCAAGUUACAUGAAGUUUUAAAAUUUGCUGCUGAAAUGUCAGAAGAAGCCGCGCGAGAGAUCUUGAUUCAUCUGUUGGAAAUGGCGGCGAAGGAAGACGGAGAGUACAGCUUCGACAACCAAGCACCGUCAGUCAAAGAUUUGUCAGAAACACAAAAAAAUCUUUUAACUCUAUGCACACAGUUAUUCUUCUACUGCUCAGCAGACACGAGAACAGAACUUUUCCCCACUUUUCUUUCUAAUAUAGGAGGUGUUUUGUUCAUUUUAAAUCCUGAGCAGCUGAAUAUUGCAGCAAAGGAAAAUUUUGUUAAAACUACCGCUUCACUUAUGUACAUAUUUUUCUCUCAUAGCAACCAGUAUACAGAGCAAAGUUAUAAUCAUUUAAUAACUUUAGUACAGCAAUUAAAUGCUGUUAUAGUUAGCAGAACAGGAGAACAAAAAGCAUCAGAAUUUUUGAAUGUAUUUCCAUGGCGUAGUGUUGACGAGUUUUUCUUGAUGAAAGAAGAAAACAACACUCACCUUUAUUUUACUCAAAUUGUAAAACGUACAUAUCAUGGCAUUUCUUCUCUUCCUUUUAAAAUGGUAAAGACGUUAGUUAGUUUAGAAGAGACAACAAAGAAGACAAACAUGAAUGGUGAUGAGUCAAGUGAAGAGAGCAGCAGCAGCUGUUGUUCAAAGCGUCAUGGUCUCUCCAGGGUUCGGAGGAUUGUAGCUUUGUAUGUGAACAGGUCAGAUGUGGAACAGCUGAUUGAGAUGAUGCCGUUUAUCACCGCUCCACACGUGAUAGAGGUUUGGGGUGAAAACGGUGAAGUGUUUGAUGCUGAGGUAACAGAGUCUCUACUGAGGAGCAUCCCAACAACACACAAACUGGAUAUAUUAGCACUCAAGUGUAUCAAUGUAACAUCAUCACCUGCUGUGGAGUUCAUCAGCAGAGUAUUCAAACAAGAUCUUCCAAACUUGAAGUUGCUCAACAUGUCAUCCAAUCCUCUUCUGGGUGCAGGAGUCGACAGCUUGAUAAAACAUCUCAGCUGCGCUCCUCACCUGGAGGGACUGGGGCUUUCAGAUGUGAAGAUGAUUCCACAGCAGGUGAUGAAUCUCACAUCAGCUGUACAGCAGCACGGAAACAUCACUGAACUGUGGUCAUCCUACCACGUAAGUUUUCCAAUUUUAUCGCAAUUUGUUUCUUUAUUUUAUGUUUACAGUUUAUUUCUACUCAGCUCUUGCCUUUCGCCAUGCCUUCUUGGUCAUUUUUAUACUCGACAAAACACGAGAUUUGCUUUUGAAAACAAAUCACAAACUUAAGCAGAUUCAAAGUAUCAUUUCAAAUUCAUUUCUUUCAACUGAUUAAACUAACUCCAUAAAAUGUUUUAACUGAGAACGUUAAGAACAAGUAACUUCAGCUGAUAUUAAAACAUGGAGUUGAACACAAGAAAAGAAAUUCCGUAUCUUCAAGCAGCCAUAAGGUGAAAUUAUUGGGUGAAAACAUGAACUUCCAGCAAAACAAAAGCACAUAAUUUCGACAGUAUUAAUUUCUGAAUCAAUUUUAAUUCAUACCUUUUCAUAAAGUAACAAACAACAAUCAUAAAAGCAAAUGAAAGAUGUUCAGUUCAUGUUCAAUUCAAACAAAUAAGCAAAGAGUAAACACAUUGAACUCACAGUUUCACAUUUAUCGUCCAAGGCUCCUAUAAAAUCAGUUUAAGUCAAGUGAAGUUCCUUUGAAAGUCCAAAAAACAAACAAGUCUUUUUUAUAGCUGUUCUUUUGUUAGUUCCUGAGCGUUUGUUUGGUAAAUACUGGUCGUUGCAGUUCGGUGAAGCGUUGGUUUUUGAAAUAACAACCCGCACAAAAAAAUUGUAUCUCCGAGACAACGGUUGAAAGCAACACCAAAAAAAUUUUCGUUACAGGUAAACAUUUCGCUGUUCUCCACUUUGUAGCAUAAGUGUUCAUUGCAUGCUUUUCAUCGCGUAAGUAUAAGCUUGUUUUCAAUUUUCCAACAACACUCGCCAUACAAAUCAAAUCCUGCGGAGCUUUGCGCUUUCGUAAAAUAUCCUUAAAAAUGAUGUUUCCUUGAGCUUCGAACAACUCCUUAGCAUAUUCCUGAGUAAAAAGAGAUGAAUCCCUGUCUUGUGUAAAAUAAUUUCCGUGAUGUUUUCUUAUUAAAUUUUGAGUUCGUCCUGAACAGUUUGCCGUUGAAGACCGAACUGAACAAACUGCAAAAACAACAAACGAUGUCAUUCAAAGCCUAGUGACGUGGCGGCAGCUGAUUGGUUAAAUCACCUCGGAUGAUUUUUCACGUGAUGACAUUUUCCCGCCUGUCGUUUUAUCACGUAACAAAUUCCCGCCCGCAAAAAAAUACACUGUGAUCUGCGAAUUUUGUAAGGCGGAAUAUAUUUUCAAAAGAAAAGAAAAAGGAUUUGCUAUUUUGAUAUUGAUUCCACUAUUUUGAAUGCGAAUUUCUUGUUCGUUCGCCUCUAUAGAGAUAAUGUUUCUCUUUCCAAUCCCGCCAAGAGGGGAGGGGUACAGGGGGGAUAAAUCUCCCUCCUCCCUAAACUUUCUUUAAAUAUUGGCGACGGGUAACACUCGUUUCUUGAACUUAGUCGUAAAGGAAGUUUUUCACCUUCAGCGCUUCGCCUCUACACCAACAUACCACACAAAGAAGGCGUAACCACCGUGUGUCUAGCGCAGUUCUGCCCCCCUCUCUCUCUCUCUCUAUGUCACGCAACGCCGGAGAGAGAGGGUCCUCCCCCACAUCCCUUAUCAUCACGCAAGAGAAGUCAAAAUCUUCGCUAGGAAAAAGUUCUCUCAGCAAAUACCUGUAAAGACGCUUAAAAAUAGUUUGUCAGUUGUUGUUGAUGUUUUGUAAAUAUAUACCUUCUAGAGCAAAGAUAGUAAAUUUAUGGAUAAACAAUCUGAAUUUCUAUCGUUUCCUACAAUUUUCAUUCCUUUUUUAUUGCAAUAUAUUCUACAAAACUAAAACAGUAGCCACAUGCAGUCACAAACUGCCUUUUAUUAUAUAGGCCAAGUUUUGACUGGUGAUCUUUACUUUCGGCACGCGAGGCUUGUUUUGAACUUAGUACAUCUUGUCAAAGUUGUUUUCUUAUUAACAACUCUCUUUCGUUGGUCAGUGUAAUCGCAUCGGACUUAAAAUGAAGGUUUUGAAAUGUGUACACGUCCACACUUUACUAAAAUGAGAUGAGUAGGUUUAGUAUUGUUUUGUAUUUUGUUGCAGGAUGUUGAAGGGAACCCCAAACCUGAACAUGAACGGCCAUCAGAGAACUACUGGAAAAGGUGGUACCCUGCCCUCUUUCCUAAUUCAUCACCUGAAUCAGCGCAUGAACAGGAGCAGGUUAGUCAUCACUCAACUAUUUUUGUGAAAGUUUAUUUAUUAAAUAUUUAGUAAGACGUUCAGUAUUUGUGUGAACAGUUCUAUUUUUCUGUCCGUCAGAGAUAAUCAAAUACGCUCGGGAGCCUUCGUUUAUAAGUCUCCAUUACGGAGGAUUUGCGAGUUGGUGA